AUGGACUCCCUGUUUCUCCUGAGCCACGACCGACUCACGACAUCUUUGUAUCCCGCGUGUCGGUCCGGCAACACAACUUACUACCCGUCGGAAUCGGAAUCGAACGUCUGCGGAAGAAGAUGUUGUUCAACCCCAGCUUUGAAUAUCUUCGUCGCUUACGCUCCAACAUCAAGCUACGAAGAAGAUGAAGAUGUCGAAGCUUUUCAUAUGGACCUGAAGAAGUUCUACAGAGAAGAUCAUGCCUUCUACAAGGUCAUAAUUGACGAUUUCAACGCAAAAAUUGGCCCAAGAUGA